AUGGUCAGACAACUCAAACACCAUGAGCACAAGCUCCUGCGCAAAGUCGACUUCUUCAAGGCCGACUCGAAACAAGGCUCCAUCCGCCAGAAUGAUGUAGUCCGCCGCUACAUGAUCCAAAAACCCGAAGACUACACCUCCUACAACCGCCUCUGCGGCCAACUCCGCCAACUAGCCCACCGUCUCACCCUCCUCGCUCCCGAAAACCCCUACCGCCUAGCCACCGAAAAGAAGCUGCUGGACAAACUCUACGACAUGGCCAUCCUCAGCGAACGCAGCAAACUCUCCGCCGUCGAAAACAAAGUCACCGUUUCCGCAUUCGCACGCAGACGCCUCAAUGUCAUCUUGACCAGACUGCAAAUGGCGCCUGACCUCAAGGCUGCCACUACGUUUAUCGAGGGUGGUCAGGUCAGAGUGGGCACCGAGGUGGUGACGGAUCCCGCGUUUUUGGUCACGAGGAAUAUGGAGGACUUUGUGACGUGGGUCGAUUCGUCCAAGAUCAAGAGGACGAUUCACAGAUACCGUGACAAGCUGGAUGACUUUGACUUGCUCUAA